ACACGACCUCACCUCCAACGGCAUUACAUGCGCCGCCGUGCAGGGGAGAGACCGCAGCAGACGCGAAUCUCGUUCUUUUGCGCUGCGACACUCCCUUCAUGAUGCGCCAAUUUCUGGCGGCCAUUCUUUUCUCUUGCCUCGCCUCCUUUGGCCUGGCUGCGGAUUACCACGAGCAGCUGAACCUCCGCCCGCUGCCCCUGUCCGCCCUCCUUGCGAGCUUCAACUUCCGAUCCAAUACAUCGCUAUCUGAUUUCGACUUGCAAAACUUCCGAUACUUCCCCCGGUCGUUGGGUCAGAUUCUUCAAUAUGCCGGGACAAGAGAGCUUCAUCUGAGAUUCAGCUUGGGAAGAUGGGAUGCCGAGAGCUGGGGAAGUCGGCCUUGGGAUGGUCAGCGCGAAGGCGGGACGGGCGUGGAGCUAUGGGCUUGGCUCGAGGCCGAGACGGACGAGGAGGCGGAUCAGAAGUGGUUGACCCUCACCAAUGCUCUUUCAGGACUCUUCUGCGCAUCGCUCAACUUCGUCGACGGAACCCGAACCACCCGACCGGUCAUGUCAUUCCAACCCGAAGGCGACCACCCCGAAGCAUCCAUCCCGAACAUGCAGCUCCUCCAUGGCGUUCUGCCAAAGGAGGUGGUGUGUACAGAGAACUUGACACCCUUCUUAAAGCUGCUCCCUUGCAAGGGAAAGGCGGGCAUCUCGAGUCUGCUAGACGGCCACAAGCUCUUCGAUUCCUCCUUCCAAAGCAUGGCCAUCGAUAUCAAGCCUGUCUGCCCCGAGGGCCAGGAGUGCAUUCUGCAAAUCGAGCAGACUAUCGACAUGGUUCUCGACAUUGACCGAUCCAAGCGACCAAGAGACAACCCGAUUCCCCGUCCACCCCCUGGACACGAGUUGAAGUGCGACACAUCCAAGCCUUAUCACAACGACGAAACAUGCUAUCCUACCGGCCUUACCACUGGUCAGGAAUGGACACUGUCCCAGAUUUUCGGGAAGUCGAUCAAAGGCACAUGCCCUUUGACAGACGAGGAUGUGCCCCCAGUCUGCAUUGAGGUUCCCCACACCCGAGGCGUGUAUACGUCUGGCGGAGCUACGGAGAUCUUGAACCCCAAUGGAGCAGCGCGCUGCUUCAAAAUUGGUGCAGAUUCAGAGCUGGAAAUUGUUCUCCCCUUGGAAGACAAGGAGGGACAGGAUCCUACCAAGGAAUUGGUCGAACCGCCCACUCCUCUCAUCUACGCUGAGCGCAGUUUUACUGGACACGGACAGGAGCAUGGUGGUAUGCAAGCCAUCCUUACGAAUCCAAGCAAGGACACUGAGGUCGAGUUCAUCUACAUGGAAUCGCUUCCCUGGUUUAUGCGAGUUUACCUCCAUACUCUCAACGCGCGUAUCGAGGGAUCGUCGGGUUCGCAGCCGUCGAUUGUUGAGGACAUUUACUACCGCCCCGCCGUUGAUCGUGCCAGAGGCACACAGCUCGAGCUACGGAUGCGUAUCCCUCCAGCUUCUACAGUCUUCCUCACCUACGACUUUGAAAAGUCAAUUCUUCGUUACACCGAGUACCCACCUGACGCGAACCGUGGUUUUGACAUUGCCGCGGCAGUCAUUACUACUCUCAGCCCCCGUACGCAAAGUACACGCACCACCACUCUGCUGCUGAAUCUGCCCACACCAGACUUCAGCAUGCCUUACAAUGUCAUCAUAUUCACCUCGACGGCGAUCGCACUCGCUUUCGGUGGCAUGUAUAAUAUCCUAGUUCGGAGACUGGUUGGCGCUGAUGAAGGCCCCAGUCCAGUUCUCAAGGCCAAAAUAGCUGGUCUCUUGGCGAAGCUCAAGGGCAUUCGGUCAGCCAAGAAAUAGAGCAAUGUGUUUGUGUUAUCUGUUCCGAUAUUCGGCUUCUCAGCCUUCCCGUUUACUCGUAUGCUUGUCUUCUCGUUCAGGUAGACGCGUGUCGUGUACCGAUUGCUGUCCAAGCUUACAGUCCGUUUGCUGUUCUUUCCGUCCCGACUUCGUCUGCCACGAGGUUUGCAAUACGGAAAUUUGACUUGAUCCAGGGGCUGUGGAACGUCGUCUUCCCGCCGUGAAACCUAGGCUCUGCUAUCUCUAUCGACUGCCUGGCGUUUGCACUUGCUGUCAUGCUCUCCGACCACAAAAUGACAGGCACAUAAGCGGGUGAUGCGACAUCACGGCGGACUCAGUCGCUCAGCCAAAUCCUGUCGAUUGUACCCGUCGGCAUCGUGACUCCAAAAACGGCACGAUCUCCUUACCUUCGGCCGUACCUGCAAACUCAUCGCUGUCUUUGCCCUACUAAUCGUUUGUCCCUGUUGGUGCUCGACUCACCGCAUGAUCAGGUUCAUUACCGCCUACUGAUGUUAAUUUGGAUAAGGUAUGUAGUGCUGUCUAAAAGAUCUCCCUGC